AAAUAGUUGUUAUUUUGUGUUCACAAAAUGUUAAAUACAAUUUUAAUUGUAAGUAUUUUGUUUAAUGUCUAAAAUAAAGUGCAAUAUUCGUGUUGCGUAUUUCGAUAAAAGCAAAUGUCAAACAAAGCAAAAAGUGCCGCAAGUGUGGGUGAGACACCAUUUUUGCGAAGCGCCAAAUAAAAUUGCAAAAUCUAAACAAUUCAAUUUAAAAUGACAAAAGGUGCAUUCAAUACUGAAAGAACCAUUAUUCACCAUCACCACACACCACAGCGUAGCAAACAACACACAACGAUCUCAAUAAAGAGCGUAUACGAUCUCAUUUACGCUCUUAGUAUACGAGCUCCCGCCUUACGCUAACGCCGAAAUUCCUCAACACACCAAAAUACCCAUAAUCAACAAGUGACAGCGUAGCACGAUCAGCUGUUCGUUGAUUUCGCGUAGCGCUCUGGCUGGCGCGCACAUCUGUCAGUUCACGUGCGAAUUUAAGUUUGUUUACAUCAGUCCAAAACAAUUGUGAAGAUUUUAACUAAUAUCUUUCGUGUACGGGAGUGCGGUACGGUUAUAGUGAUAUAUUUAAGCGCUUAUUUAUUUGUGUAAAUUAAGUGUUAAUCGUUUCGUUCGUUUAUAACGUAAUGUCGAUUUUACUCGCGGAUAUCGAUGCGACUUGCGCGGCGCUCGGCUACUAUGAUAAGGAACGCUAUCAGGCCGAGCCGGACGCAUUGCAGGGCCUACGGCAUUUAAUAUGGAUUUUGCGUCGCGAUUUAGAAAACCAUGAAUAUCGUCGUCACUUGGGCCAUGCAAAAGUGUUGCAAACAGAUUUAGUGCAUAUGCUGCACGACUAUGUGCACGAUCCGGAAUAUACAGAUGCGCUUGUGCGUCUAAUGGUCAUCUUAACAAAUCCCACAUUGUUGUUGUAUCGCGAUGGACCACCAAAAGAUUUUCACAGUCGUAAAGUUUUUAUGGAAUUAAUUGAAAUUCUACAAGGCUACAAGAGUGCUUUCACACAAGACAAAGUUUGGGUGCCACUCUAUGGCAUAUUGAAGAAGGGAUUGGAAAUCGAUUGGGCGAUACGCAGCGAAGAGCAGAGCCUGAUGAUUGAACGCGUCCUUGUGCUGAUACGGAACGUGCUUCAAGUGCCGGCCAAUCCGGAGGCGGAGUGUCGUGCCGAUAACGAUGCCAGUCUGCAUGACCAAGUUAUCUGGGCGCUGCAUCAGUCGGGCCUCAUGGAUUUGGUGUUGUUUGUGGUGUCAUCACCGGAUGAGCAUCAGUUUCAUUUACACGGUUUAGAGAUUUUGUGUCUGCUCUAUCGCGAACAAACAGCCGAAUCCCUGGCGGAUGCAUCGUUGCAACGCAGCAUCGCGGAGAAGCAACGCGACGAGCAGGAAUUGUUGGCAGCGCGCCGCCGUGAACGACAACGGUUGCAGAGCAAACCGCCGACGGUGCGACAUUCACGUUUCGGCGGCACGUAUGUAAUACGGAAUAUGAAAUCCGUGUCGGAUCGCGACAUCAUUUGCCAUCAGCCGUUGGAACGUGUUGUGUCGAUUGAUUUCGAUCGUGAGAAGAAUCAGCAGAAGCGCUCAUUUCGCCAUAUCAAGGAGGAGGUGGAGUUGGCGCGACGCAGUGCGUUCUCCGUGCGUUUGUGCCUGCGCGAAUUCUGCAUUGAGAUCCUGCGUUCGGCUUACAAUACGCUGGUGCGCCAGGUGCGACGUGUGCUGGAACGUAAUGCCGGCACCGGCAAUCAUGAUGACUCCUACCUUUUGUGGGCGAUACGUUUCUUCAUGGAAUUCAAUCGUUUGAGCGGCAUGCAACUGGAGUUGGUGAGCGAAUCGUUGAGUGUGCAGUGCUUCCACUGGGUACUGAUGCGUAUGCAACAUGAUAUGGACAUGAUUGUCAGCGACAAGAAGCAGGCGCGCGUCUGGGCGAAGCGCUUGCAUGUUGCACUACAGACAUUCCGUGAAUUGUUGUUGAGUUUGUUGGCAUUGCAGAAAGUUAAGGACGAUCGAGCGUUGGCCCUCUUCAAUAUGCUAUUGAAUAAUGUCUGCUAUGUGCUGGAGUAUCGCGAGACAAUAUUGCAUCUGUUAAUGAACUACAAUGAGUCGCAUAGUACCAAAGCUUAUCUACGCGAUGUGAUCGAAACGGCCAACAUUUUCAUUAAAAUGAUGGAGAAGUUCUGCAAGGACACUGUGUUGUUGCAGGAGAAGAAACGCACCAAAAAGGGUGGACGCAAGUCGAAAGCAAAUAAAAAACCGGAACCAAAACCGCAACUCACUGAGGAUGAGCUCUCUAAUAAAUGGGCUGAAAUGGCCAGCGAAUUAAGUGAAUUACUCACCAAUGAACUCCAGUUGCCUGAAGAGGAUCAACCUCUCCCAUUCGAUGCGACAUCGGAGAAAAGUAUCGAUGAUCAAAAGGAAGACUGUAUGUUGCGUUUGCAUCGAUUUUUGCGCGAUCAGCAAUUUGAAAAGUCAGUUGCUCUACUGCGUGCAGCCAGGGAGGUCUGGCCAGAGAACGAUGCCUUCGGCGCCAUGUCCGCCGCACCAGAGGAUGAAUUGCUGCUGCUACGUGAGAUCUACAUGCACAACAUUGAAUCAGCGGAAAUUGAAAACGGCGAUAAUACAGCGAACGCGCAGUUCAUUGAAGGUGAAGAGGAAGACUAUGAUGAUGAGGAGAAUGAGGAGUAUCCAGAGGAGCGACUCGUAGAGAAGCCAUUUAAAUUUGAGGAUUUCGCCAAAAGAUUACUAAAUCCGAAAAUCGUACGCGCGUGUACUGUGGUCCUAACCGAUUGGAAUCAUAUACCAACAAAAUCAUUGAAGGCAGCUGUGACCAUAUUGCAUCGCGUCGCCGUUGCCUGUUGCUGCCCGGCCAUGUUGUAUCAUGCGAAACUCUUUCGCAUCUUCCAGCAAGUCUUCGCAGUCGAACGUGAUGCCCAUCACGAGGAGUUGCGCCGUCUCGGCAUCUAUGUGGUGCGUAAAUUUGUCGAAGCGGCGCCCACAAAUCCGAAAAUCUACGCUGAAUUAUUAUUCUGGAAGAGUGUCAAGGAGGCCAACGAGCUGGAAGGCGGCUAUUUGGAUGCAUAUGAGCCCGCUAAGGGUGUUUGGACUGAAGAACAGGAGGACCAACUGCGUAUGCUCUUUGAGGAGAAUCAGCGUAAUCCUGAAACUGAUAAGGAUGUGAUUGAUUGGAUAUUGGAGCAUAUGAAUGAGCAGACACGCACGCGACGCAUGGUGCUGAAGAAGAUGAAGGAGAUGGGACUGGUUUUCAAGGCGCCCACAAAGCGUACGACAGCCAGCGCGGUCAACAAGAAGCUCUGGUCCACAGUGGAAGAUGAAGAACUGCAAAGCCUCUACGAUGAACAUCGCUUGGAAGAUGAUUGCUUGCAACGUAUCAUCGACGAGUUCGUGGAUCGUCGCACGAAACGUCAAAUUAUACAACGUCUGCUGCAAUUGCAUAUAAUCGCGGAUAAAUCAGAGAUUAUGCCAAAGAAGAAAGUCAAACGCAAGUCGAAGAAGGCGGGCACCAACUCGGAAGGCAGCGAUAACGAGGGUGAAUAUAUGGAAGAGCCGCAAUUUGGCGAACCACAAUCGCCCAGUGGUCUUAAAGCCUCGAAGUCUUCGAAGAAGAAGAAGAAGGAUAAAUUGAAGAAGAAUAAGUUGGCGGCAGCAACCAAAGCCGCCAAACCGGUGAAACGUAAAAUCGUGCGUACGCCACUCGAUGUGGGUACUCUGCGUGCACUGAUAACACAAGUCACCGAUAAGUAUCAGGAGGCAAUUGAUUGGUUGAAAGAAUGCCUGGACGAUGCAGCCGAAGACACUGAAGAGCCCAGUGAGGAGGAUGAUGGAGUGCCAUUGGUGCCACUGCAAGAAGUCGCACGUGAAGCCAUGGAGAAUGCUGAUUUCCAUAAGAUACUCGUCGCUUUGGGCAUACAACCACCCUUAUUGGGCACAGAAAGCUAUUGGCGCAUACCCAUAUACCUCAAUUCGGCCGAUUUGAAGUUGCGCGCGAAAAUCGUAGCCGGCGAAGAGGUCGACAUCGAUAUGGAAGGUGUAGAGGAGGAGGGCGACGCUGAUGCAGAUCCAGAAGUGGAGGUCGCUAGCGAUGACGAAUCGGAUAAUGAUGAUGAUGAGUCAGAUAGCGAUUCAGAUAGCGAUGCUGGUGGCGCCGCAAAGCAGGACAGUGAAAGCGAGGAAGAUUUCUUCGAUAAGUUCGCUGAGAAACAUAAGAAGCGCAUGGCGGCAAUGGACCAAUUCGUCGAGAAGCGUGCGCAGAAAAUGCGCAGCAUUAUGUUUAACAAAAGCGAUGAGGAGGACGUUGAGCGUGCCGGUAUCGGACAAAAGAAGAAGCGUGGCCGUAAACCCAAAGCGAGCAAAAGUAAGAAAGCGGACGAAAACUCCGACAAUGAUGCGGCCGAGGUUGAUGAAAUCGUAAAGAAACUCGAGAAAAAGCGACGUCAACCAGCAAUCAGUAGCGAUGAUGAUGACGAUGAUGAGCAUGAGGAUGUGAAUAAAAGCCAUGCCAAAGAAUUAUCCGUUUCAGAGAAGAGAACCGAUGUUGUGAGCGAUUUAUUCGAUCAGCUGAAAUCUCAAACUGCCAAGAAGAAACGUGAGACGACCACUUACACCGAGGAAAUGGACGAACUCAAUUUCAAUUCAGAAGACUAUCGUAAGCGACUGGCGGAGCUGGGCGACAGCGAUGAAGACGACGAGGACGCCACAACCAGCAACAUGAACAAUAAGACUCGCACGCGGCGCGCUAAUAUAAUUGACUCCGAUAGCGAAGAGGAGAGCGGCAAUGUAAUUGAUGAAAUGAUUGGUGGCGACAAAAAAGACAAGGACAUCGACGAAGACAACAAAGGCGUCGACGAUAAUGAUGGCGUCGUUGACAAAGAGGUUGCGGCCGUUUCCGUAACCCGUGGUGUUGCUGAUGGCGACGCAAGCGGUUCGGUUGCUGGCAUUGUUGACACAGCAGGCAAUCAGGCGCAUGUUGAUGACAGCACAGAACCUGUUGAUGAGAUUGCACCACACACAACAGCAAAUAAACGUAAACGAGAUAUUUUGGACGAUAGCGAUGAGGAAAAUAAUGACAGCAAUGGCAAGGAGAUCGAUGACGACGACGAGGAAGAGGAUACUUUCAUCAUGCGCCGGAAGCCAACCAAAGAGGAACAACAGCGUUUAGACAGCGGUGAGGAGCCUGCCAAACGGCGUCGUAUUGCCAUCAUCGACGAUGACGAUGAUGAUGAGUAGAAGAGUGCUGCCCCAAACGCCAAGGAAUAAUGUGUACUGUACGCCACAUCUCGUUUCUCAACACCUCGUGGCGCAACAAUUUGAAGUUUUGAAUUAAUUUUGCAUUUAGUUUUCAAUAUUCUUUUAAUUAUCAUAUUUAUGUUCAUUAUCUACACAACUCAUUACUUUGUAUGCCAGGCUUAUUUGUAUUUGUUUUACUUGAAUUGUACUUUCAUUUUCGUUUGAAUUGAAUAAAAGAUUAAAUAUUAUUAAGCGAA